ACAGCAGCAGGGAGGCUCUGGCUGCUCCGGCCUGCUGGACUCCCAGGGGUGCUUUUGCGGUGGUGGGGCCGAUGCUGUGAGGAUGCCCAUCUUGCAUUUGCAUUCCAUGCUUGAGCUGCUGCCUUUUCUCCUGCUGCUGCUGCUCUUCUUGGCUCUGGGUUUUUUCCUGAUCUACCUGCAAAAACCUGAAGCCGAAAGCAAAAAGAACUAGAGGCGGGGGCCAAGUCUCAGCUCUAUGCAGAGACACCAGCAAAGCCGGCGCUCGAGUCCUGGGGCGGGGAAAAGGAUCCCUUGCAGGGACCGUGCAGAGGAAAACCCCAAACAGGGUUUCUUAACUCAUCUGCUUCCCAAACUCUUGGAGCGAACCAGACAUGGGCGAGACAGGCAAAGAGGAGUACAAGAUACAGUCGUUCGAUGCUGAGACUCAGCAGUUACUGAAAACAGCCCUCAAAGACCCCAGCAGCGUGGACCUGGAGAAAGUUGCCAACAUCAUCGUGGACCAGUCCCUCAAAGACUGCGUGUUCAGUAAGGAGGCUGGACGCAUCUGCUACACCAUCAUCCAGGCAGAGAGCAAGCAGGUGGGUCAGAGUGUCUUCCGGCGGAGUUUGCUCAACCGGCUGCAGCAGGAGUACAAGGAUCGGGAGGAGCUGCGAACCCGCUCCCUGCAGGCCUGGAUCUGCUAUGUCACCUUCAUCUGUAACAUCUUUGACUAUCUGAGGGUGAACAACAUGCCCAUGAUGGCGCUGGUGAAUCCGGUUUACGAUUGCUUGUUUCGACUGGCACAGCCUGAUAGCUUGCUGAAGGAGGAAGAGGUGGACUGCCUGGUGCUGCAGCUGCACCGCAUUGGCGAGCAGCUGGAGAAGAUGAACUCCCAACGCAUGGAUGAGCUCUUCUUCCUCCUCCGGGAUGGCUUCCUCCUGCAGGAGGGGCUCAGCUCCCUCUCUCAGCUCCUGCUGCUGGAGAUCAUUGAGUUCCGUGCAGCCGACUGGAAGAUGACAGAGGCCGCCCAGAAGUACUACUACAGUGAACUCACGGAUUGACCCCGCAGCAUCUAGAACGGACUUCACCAGCAUCAGUGAACUGACCCCAGCACUUUCACCAGCAAGCUUCACACACACAAGUUUUUCUAGUGCUUCUUGUAAAUAGGAUUUAUAAUAUUGACACCCAAUAGAUGCUCUGUAUCAUGUCAUUACUAGAUUGCAACUUGUUGGACUGCUUUAACUUAGCCAGAGCUUUCACUGUUUUCAUUCAAGGAUGGACCCAUGUUAAUCACUGCCUUUCAGGCUGUCAAUGAGCUUGUAACAUGGGCUUCAAGCCCAAACCAGGAUUUUACAUCAACAGGCAGGAAAGCACAGGUAAUGGUUUCCAUUAAAAUGUGCCCUCACCUUCCAACUCCCUCAGCCACCAGAUCUGAGAAGAAAAAGCUGAUGCGUCUUGCCUGGAGAAUUUCUGUCUUCCUUGAUUUUCUACCCCUUGGGAUCCCUGCCCUUACUUCUUAAACCAGGUCAAGACGCAUCAUGCUUCUACCCAAAACAAUGGGUGUAUGGUUGAAGUCCUUAUGUGGGUUAUUAAGUUUUACUUCUUCCAACCCUUCCAUUCACCUGCAGGGUGCAACCAGAAGCAGUGACACCUCCUCCCACUGGUGACAAAGCCACCCCCAGGAGCAAGAUUGAGCAUAUGCAGCUAGAAACUGUUUUUAUAAGUUUUAUACAGUAACCACAACAGAAGGUUUUUCUGAACAAAACUGAGUGGACUUGAUCACUGCACAUUUGUGAUGAUGAUAAAGGCAGAGAAAGGAGGGGAAAGAAGUAGGUUUAUGAUGCUUUUUCUAAUAAAACCUUUCUACUUAUGAAUACUG